UGGCCCCUCCCCUCCCCGCCUGCUUGCUUCCGCCUCUUUGGCCAGGCCGCCCUGCGCGGCUGGAGACGGGGCGGGCGCUGGAGCCUGCAUCCCGGAAAGGCUUCCCCCGGCCGCCUCUCGCCCGCCCCUUCCCGCCGCCCUAGGACGCCAACGGGAAGGGGCCCCUUUUUCCUCCGGGAGGGCGCGAAAUGGUCUUCCGGGAAGAGGCCCCCCUUCGAGCGCUAACUUCUGAUGAUUGCUUCAGAGAUGUGAUACAUAGAACAUACAGGCUUCGUGAUCAUCUUUAAGAAGAAGGGGGCAGCCACUUAAAGAAUGAGGAAACUUGAUGAAAAUGCCUGAAGACCAGAACCACUGGGAAGCCUGUUGACUGCUAUUUCCUGAGCGUCUUGAAGACAUAACAUCCAUCAGGCAUGGCGCAGGGCAGCCCGCAGCUUGAUAUGCAAGUACUCCAUGACCUACGGCAACGUUUCCCUGAGAUUCCAGAAGGCGUGGUAUCUCAGUGUAUGCUCCAGAAUAACAACAACCUUGAUGCUUGUUGUCGAGUCCUUGCACAGGAGAGUAACAAAUACCUGUAUAUGGAGUACCACAGCCCAGAUGACACCCGAAUGAACAAGAAUCGCCUUUUGCAUAUUAACCUGGGCAUCCAUCCUCAUGCUAGUUAUCAUGGAGGGGAUGGAGCUCAACUUAAUGGUGGCCGUACAUUGGUACACAGUUCAAGUGAUGGACAUAUUGAUCCACAACGCACAGGAGGUAAACAGCUAAUAUGUUUAGUUCAAGAACCCCAUUCUGCUCCAGCCGUUGUGGCAGCUUCUCCCAACUACAAUCCAUUUUUUAUGAAUGACCAGAAUAGAAAUGCAGCUACACCUCCUCCGCAACCACCUCAGCAACCUUCUUCCAUGCAACCUGGAAUGAGUACAUCUGCUAUGCAAGGCCCUCCUCCUCCUCCUACAUAUAUGCACAUACCUCGGUACAGCACAAAUCCUAUAACUGUUACAGUGUCCCAAAACCUCUCUUCCGGGCAGACUGUACCCAGAGCUUUACAAAUUCUUCCCCCAAUUCCAGGCAAUCCUUAUGCGAAUCCUGGCUCUCUCUACAUAAGACAGACGUCUCAAAGUUCAUCAGGCCGACAGACUCCGACUCAAAGUGCACAGUGGCAUCAUUCAUCGCCACAAGGUCCAGUUCCACAUUACAGUCCGCAUCCACUACCUGUCUACCCACACCAACAGAACUAUCAGCCUUCUCAGUAUUCGCCAAAACAGCCCCAGAUUCCUCAAUCUCCUUUUCGAUCACCACCUACUUCUCAGUGUCCUUCCCCUUUCGGCUCACCUCAGCAUCAAGUUCAGCCGACCCAACUAGGCCAUCAGAGUUCCCAUGUGUUUAUGCCUCCCAGUCCUUCAACUGUUCUACCCCAUCCAUAUCAACAAACACCCCAAACUUAUCAAAAGCCAGGUGGACACUCGGUAUCUUAUCUCCCAUAUGGCGGAUCUAGUUUAUCGAAAGGCUCAAUGAACAAGAUAGAAAUUACGGUUGAGCCACCACAAAGACCUGGGACUGCAAUGAAUAGGAGCCCUUCGCCUAUAGGUAGUCAACCAUCCCAACGGAAUCAGCAUCCACUGUAUGCACCUGGUACGCCACCUUCCAGUUCUCCUUCCAGAAGUAUGUCAAGCCAGCCCAAACCUCCCUAUAGUGUUAAUCCUGUAUAUAUAACAUACACACAGCCAACUGGAUCUGCAGGUGUACUUACACAGUCCCCCCGAGUCAUGGUAUCUCAGCCAAAUCCAGCAGUUUUUAAAAUCACCGUAGGCCGAGCACCAGCUGAGAAUCUUUUAAAUUUAGUGGACCAAGAAGAGCGUUCUGCAGCACCAGAACCUAUUCAGCCCAUUUCGGUUGUACCAGGAUCUGGAGGAGAAAGAGGAAGCCAUAAGUACCAGAGGAGUUCCAGUUCUGGAUCUGAUGACUAUGCUUAUACUCAAGCCUUAUUGUUACAUCAACGUGCGAGAAUGGAGAGGUUAGCAAAAGAACUGAAGUUUGAAAAUGAAGAACUUGAGAAGCUUAAAGGUGAAGUGAAUGGCAUGGAGCAUGAUCUUAUGCAACGGCGUUUGAGAAGAGUGAGUUGCACAACCUCAAUCCCAACACCUGAGGAGAUGACCAGAUUGAGAAGUGUGAACAGACAGCUUCAGAUAAAUGUUGACUGCACUCAGAAGGAAAUUGAUCUCCUUCAGUCUAGAGGGAAGUUUGACCCGAAAGCCAUGAGUAACUUUUACGAUAAUUUAGAGCCUGGUCCUGUUGUGCCACCAAAGCCAUGUAAAAAAGACCACCAGAGCAGUUCCAAGCAAGCUCUGCGAACACAGCCAAGAGAUGAAGACUUUGAAGGAGCUCCAUGGAACUGUGACAGCUGUACGUUUUUGAACCAUCCAGCACUGAAUCGCUGUGAGCAGUGCGAGAUGCCACGGAUUGGUGAGGCUACAGCAAGUCUGAGCUGAAUGACAGGUUAUCUAAACAACCAAGUACAACAACAACAACCACAACAUCACUACAUAAGAAGACCCUUUUUCUUUUUGACUGUGUGCCAGAUCUGCAAGGAAUGCAGCAUUGAACACCGGCCUCCUUCCAAGAAGCCUGUUUAACUGAAUGAAGAAGGAUGGUGAGUAUGAAUGAGUGAAUGUAUGGAUUAUGAGUGAAUUUUAGAGUACACAUAUGUGAUGUUUCUUUUUUGUCUGUGUAACAAAUAUAGCUAUUAUAAAACCCAGUACUGGAGUCUGUGUUUGCUUCUUUCUCUGAAGGUGCCUGAUACUCUAUCUCACUAAAAAUGGAUUAAGAAACAUUUUAAGGUUCAAAAAGUAUUCAUGACACAUGCAUAAAAGUAAAGUAAAAGAACCUGGAGUUGGUCCCAUUUGAUAUCUUUGAACACAAUAAACAAUGUUAUGACAUGAUAAAUGAUUUCAUAUUUUUCUUCCUCUAAUUUUCAAAGUUCUGCAGCACAUAAUUACUACAACUGUUGUAUUGAACAGCAGUCUUCUGCCCAGCAAAUUAAUCAUAUGAAGAAAAAUCCAGUGAGUAAAUUGCAGCAUACCAUUCACUUUAAGGAUAAUUUGAAAAUAACAUUUUCCAGAUUUCACAUUGUACUUAGCAGAAAUGCAAAAGUCUUGAACCUACAGAGAUUGGCUAUUCAAUGCAGCCAUUUAAUCUUUAUUGCAAUGAAAUGCCUUGCUUGUCACAGAUGUUGAUGAGGCCAUCUGGAAGUAGUAGUGACAGGAUAAAUAAGUAAAAUGUAGUUCUGUUUUACUGUUCCCCAAAGAUCCUUAACUAAAAUGUCCAUUUAAUUUAAAAGCAUCUGGAGCUAUUCAUCACAAACAGUUUAACAAUGCUGCCGGCUGUUAUGGGAAAUACAGAAAAGAAAUGACUACAAAUAGUCACUAAGACUACUGCUGGGAAUGCAGACUUUAUAUGGUUCAUAGCUAUUGCUUUUACUUAUCUGAAUAACUAAUGUUAAAUAUCUACAAAAGCUAUUAUAAUCAAGCAUUGCCACUGAUGUACUGGAACAAGCUUGCUGUAUAUGUCGGGACAAAGAAGCAGGAAUGCACGCCUUCAUUUUGUGGAAGGUAAUGUGUAUUAGUGGUUGCAAGCAGUACAUUUAUGACCCCCCACUCUUUCAGUGGUAAAAUUAUAUACAGUGGGAUUUGGUUCCAUGACACCAUCCACCAUGGAUACCAAAAUGUAUGGAUGCUGAAGUCUCAUUAUAUAAAAUAGCAUAGUAAAAUAGUAUCUCUUAGAUAAGACAGCAAACUAAUAGCUUGCCUCCUGGAACCUUUUUGAAAUCAAGCUGUAGAUGGUUAAAUCUGUGAAUGCAGAAUUCAUGGGUACCAAAGGCUAACUAUACAGUCUUCAUGAUAUUUCACAUUCAUGAUCAUCAUGAUCAUGGAAAGGGAAGUUUUAUGAAGAUUGUGGACAUUAAUAUUAAUUCAGAAUUAAACAUUUUGAACAUUUCAACCUUUUCUUUAUCUAUAGAUGAACUAUAGGGUUGGUUUCUUUAUUUAUAGACUAUAGGUAGAAUUUAACUGUCUAACUCUGUAUGCUCUUCUAAAUAUAUAAAGAGAUACUGUUGUCUGAAUAUAGAAUAUAGUAUGACCUUCGUAUUCAUGAGGGAUAUGUUCCAGGACUUUGCUUGGAUACACAAAACUGCAGAUAAUAGUAAACCUUAUUGAAAUGAAUAUUUUCUGGCCCAAGAAUACAAUAGAAUUAUGUUGAAGAACUUAGAAAAUGCCUAAAGAAGGACAGUGGAACCUCUAUUUAAGAGUACCCCAACUUAAGAGCAUUUUGAGUUAAGAACUGUCGUGUAGCCCAAGUUUCACUUUGAUAUAACAGCAGUGUUUUGAGUUAAGAGCUAGCACCAGAAGGAGCACUAGCACAUGGAGGGCUUUAGGGCUUCAAGGGAGUAGCCUCUGUGCCUCAUGCUUUUAUCCCAGAUGUUUGUCCAGAAUUUGAUCAAUUGUUCUCUAUUUGGCACUUCUGUGUUUCCUUCCACCUCUCCACUUACUCUCUGGUAGAGUUGUUUCUAACUGGAGUAGAAGAGUUGAUUCUGUCUGAAUUGCGCAACCCUUGCUUCGAAUCUUGCAAUCUUCUUUGAAACUGCUACUAGCCAUUGUUUAACUACUUUCAGUGCUUCACUGAGUCCCCUCUUGUCCAGGUUGUUUCUCUUAACUAGGUCUGUCUUGAUUUUGUCAUCUUUCAGCUUUUUUUCCUUCAUGCUUUUCAGUUUGCUUGCAUCUGAUCAUAGUUUGCUGAUUUUUCUUUCCAGCCUGAUUUUCCACUUUGCAGCCUUCUUUCUGGAUUGUGAAUCUUCACCUCUAACGCUUUAGUAAUCAGUACCGCAGUGAUGUACAUAAGCUGGUUUGUUUCAUAUAGUGCUAUUGUCUGAAUUCCAGCAAUGGCCUUGUUCGCAUCCUUCAAUGAACUGAGCAGAUCCUUCCUUGGAACAUUCUUCAGUGGUGGCAAUCUUGUAUGUUCAUUUGCAUUGUUCACGUGCUCCAGAAACUUCUGCUUCAGUUCUCCUUGGUUUUUUUUUAGUCCAUUGGGAACUCUAGGUUGGCUCCAUUGAUUCUGUUGCUUUAUCUGUGAUUAUUGUUAUUUCUUCCUUCUCUUCAUCUUCUGUCUCUAGUUCUUGCAAUCCAUGUAUAGUCCUUGUAUUAAUUUGACUAGUUGUUACCAAUUCUGUUGAAUUUCUCUUAGUGUUGCAGGUAUGUUUUUAACACUAUUGGCUUGUGCUUUCCACUUGAUUUCUGCUAGUUCUAGUGCAUUAAAAACUUUGCUUUUAGUAAUAUACCUACUUUGAUCAGCAAGUCUUUGCUGAGUAAUUUCUGUAUUUGGGUGUAUUUCUUUUGAAAUGUGGUGCAUUCAUUUGAGAUAUCCUAUUUCCAAUGGGUUUGAUCUGUAGUAGCAAGCCAUAAUUUCUCUAUUCUGUACACACGUGUAUUUCCAACAUUUAUUCAAUGCUUCCAGUAGACCUGUAGUCUCCAGCCCUGGUUGCUCAGCUGAAGAUCCUGAUUCCUGUAGCCAAUUUUCCACCAAGUGUCCAGGUAUUCCAGCGUCCCUCCCUCUCUCCCUCUCUCCCUCUUUUAAUGUACUGUACUAUAUACCUUUGUGUUCACUGAGGCGAUGAGGCGCAGGCGGUGCCUACUGGUGGACAGGAGGAGGACAGGCCGGGCCAGACCACACGCCUCAGCUUGGGCCUUUUUGUGCCUGUGAGGGAGGGCGGGCCGUAUGAAAAAACCUGCGAAACAGCGAAUCCGCAAUAAGCAAAUCGCAAAGUAGCGAGGGAACACUGUACAUGUGUAAUUGUGCUCUAGAUUGCAGGUCUAGAUCUGCAUAUUCUUGCAGCCUGAAAAGCUUCUAAAUUAAUAUGUAGAAUGCAAUUUUCCUGCUUCUUGGCAAGGGUUGGACUGGAUGGCCCACGAGGUCUCUUCCAACUCUAUGAAUCGAUGAUUCUAACAGCAGUAAUUCCUUACUCUUAAUUUGUGCCUAUCCAAAAUAUACAAAGAAUCAAUGCAGUGAAUUUCUAAAGCUGCGCUGGAAUUCUUCCUUAAACUUCACCACAAAACACAGUCCCAUAAAGAAGACUGUAGAAAAUCCCAUUAACUGUAAUGAGCUUUGGCAUCAACAUCAACACAGAAGGUUUACUGGAAGAGUUCAGUUGGUGCCAAUGGAUUAUUCUUGUGGACUAAUCAGGGCUGAGAAUAGCAGUAAGCCCAUGCAAAUUAUAUCUCCCCAGUAGUUUGUUACAUUGUUUGGUUCUGAAUUGAGUGUAAUCUCUUUCCAUUACUGACCAUCUUGAAUUUUACACUCUGGUCACUGUUUGAUAGAAACAAAAAACUAACUUAAAGCAACUAAGAAAUGUCUAUAAGUUUUUUUGUGUGUCUGUCAGGGGCGACUUGAGAAAUUGCAAGUCACUUAUGGUGUGAGAGAAUUGGCCAUCUGCAAGGACGUUGCCCAGGGGACACCCGGAGGUUUUUGAUGUUUUACCAUCCUUUGGGAGACUUCUCUCAUGUCCCCGCAAGGGGAGCUUCCCGGAUUUGAACUGGCAACCUUCAGGUCAGCAGUCCUGCUGGCACAAGGGUUUAACUCAUUACGCUACUGGGGGCUCCUUCCACCGGUGUAAAUAUGUCACAUAUUAUAUGUAAAUACAACAUUGAAUAUGGCUUGAAAUCCACAAGGUGAUGAUAAAGGAAUCUGGACACAACUUAACAGAAGUUGAUGUUUUGCACUCAGAAUUAAAAUUAGUAGUAAAACAUGAUAACCAAGAAGUAAAAAGUCACCACUUGUUUAUAGAGUUAUCGUAUCCACAAUCCUCUAUAUAUUUUUUCUUGAGAUCUUCUUUGGAAGAUAUGACCAGGAAAAGGUGCAAUGUCUAUCUCAAUCAAAAAUGCUUGGGUUAGCAGUACUCUUCUCAAGCACAUGACAACACAUGGUUAGAAAUUGAGCUAUCAUCCUUGUUAUUGUAGUUUUGCUUUCAAUUUAAUUUUGCUUCUAUUUUCACAAACACCCUGGGAUUUCUCUGCUUCAUUUUGGACAAAAGAAACAUGGCCUAUAUGUAAAAGUUAAAAAGACUCUGAGGGAAACCCAGCAGGCAGCCACAGUGACAUUUUUAACAAGCCAUCUUUUUCCCUUUGAAAAAGGACUUUUAAUGAGGACAGAAAUGUGUCCAGACACGUGGUCAUUAUGUUGACAAGCAGAAUUUAAUGGUGUAGCCAGGGACUGCCUGCCCUUUAAGUUACAGCCCGAUUUUUUGUUAUUGUUCUUAUUGUUGCUUUAAGAGAGACACAAAAUAAAGGAAAAAAGUAACAGGUUUCGACUGGGAUUUCAUCUUAAACAUUGUUACGUGUUUUGUAGUUUAUUUAUGUUAUGUUUUGUUGCGUUUUCCCAUUUUGAUUAUAAGAGUUGGCCUUCAUUAUUCUGUACCUACAGACGUAACCAUUCACAACUUAGAAAUUGUAAAAAAAAAAAAAAAGAUAUCAAAAAAGCCAAACUUUGCUUUUGUCACUUUAUAUAAGGGACAUCAUUGCAUUACGCUAUGGUAUAUAAUGGGACUGGGGCCGCGGCAGGUUUGGUUUCCAACAGACCUCACAACCUCUGAGGAUGCCGGCCAUAAAUGUGAGCAAAAUGACAGGAGAUAAUGCUUCUGGAACAUGGCCAUAAAGCUCAGAAAAAUUACAGCAACCCCAAGAAAACUAUGUAUAUGUAGGAUCGAAAAGGUAUGGGGAUCUCAUGAAAACCUUUAUAUGAACCUAUAUAUGAAAGGUUUUCAUGAGAUCCCUAUAUCUUUUAUUACAAUUUAUGUGUGUGUCUUCCUCGCCUAUGUUUAGAGGAUCAAACAAGUCAUCAUGGGUAGUGGCCUUAAACAAUGAGAUGGCUAAAAUUGGCCUUCCUUUACAAUUUCUGAAUGAUCUAGGACCUAGGGCAAAACAAGUGCUCAUGCAACGCACUCAUGGUAUCUAUGCUCAAUUGGACCUAGCAAGUAUAGGUAGGUCUUUUGCCACAAAGUUUUUAGCCUCCCACAUAAUGAAUAUUCAUUUAGAACACUAUCUGACUAUUCCAGUUCCGUUACCCUUAAGAAGAAUAUAUAUACCAGGGCCAGGUUUGAACAACUCGGUAUUAUGAUGCAAACUGGUCGCUACGGUAACAUCCCAAGAAAUGAGAGAUUUUGUGUCUGGGGAGAACAAAUAGUGGAAGAUAUCGAACAUUUUUUGAUUGACUGCCCAGCAUAUGUUGAACUUCAACACAGAUAUCUUCAUCCAUUACUAUCUAAUUUUAGGUCCCCCAACAGAAAUGAUCUUCUGACAGUCCUCUUGCAAGGACAAGAAAGAUCCACCAUAAUCAGAGUAAGCCUUUUUAUCCUGAAAGCUAUCAAGAAAAGAGCACAUUUCCUGAAAGAAGAAUCAGGAAAAUAAGAUUUUGACGGCAAACAGAAGGUCCUCCCAUCCUUUUUGCCUUGUUUUUAUUUAUGUUGCACUUUGAAAUGGUCAUAUAACUGGUCAAACAAAUAAAUUAUUAUUAUGUGUGUGUCCAUACCUCUUAUAAAGGGGUUGGUUUAAACUCUGGUUUGCUAGUAAAACUGAAUGAUUGUGUUGCAAAAUGAUGCAUGUCUCAAAAGUGUGUCACUAGAGGAUACCAAAGGGAUCACUGUAUAUAUAAAUUAUAUAUACUGUUAGGAAUUGUGGGAGUUGAAGUCCAAAACAUCUGGAGGGCCAAAGUUUGCCAGUGCCUGGAUUAUAAAUCUCUAGACAUAAUAAAAGUGAAAAUGUGUGUGUGUGUGUGUGGUUGGGGUAUCCACUUACACAGACAAGCUCCCAUUUCCACAAAUAGCUAUAGCUCCCACUACUCAGGAGACUCCAAUGGCCCUCCCUCCAAUGAAUGCCAUGAACAUGUCCAAGAGCCCUGCCAAUGUCCUCCACAAACACCAUACUGCCCACCACCCAAGUGAAGGCUUUCAUACAGGGACAAUUUCAUCCUAGAUUUACUGUUUUUCCUCCACCACAGACAUUCCAGUGUUUCUGACUCCCUCCACUGGUGUGGAAUUUGCAUGACCCGUCCACUGCCUCUCCCAUAACCCUUUCCUAUUCUUUUCUAUGGCCUACAGCAAACAAAGGAAUUGAUCAGCAACUGAACAUACUGGAGAGGCUUGGGGAGAAUUCGUCAUGAUUUCUAGGAGUUGUGGGUAUUGGGAUAUAUAUUUCACCUGCAAUUGUGAGCACUCUGAAUUCCAUCAACAAUGGACCUGAAACUAACUUGGCACACAGAACCCCCAUGACCAACAACAAAUACUGGAGGUCUUUGGAGGGAUUUAUAGGAGUUGCAGUUCAUCUACGUCCAGAGUGCACUGUGAACCCAAACAAUGAUGGAUCUGGACCAAACUUGGCAUGCAUACCUCAUACGCCCAAAUUUGAAUACUGGUGGGUUUUGAGGGGAAUUGGUGUGGACAUUUUGGAGUUGUAGGUACUGGGAUUUAUAGUUCACCUGCAAUCAGUCAGCACUCUGAACUCCACCAAAGAUGGAACUGGACCAAACUUGGCACACAGAGCCUCCAUGACCAGCAAAAAAUACUGAAGGUGUUUGGGGAAAAUUCACCUUGACAGCACUGAUGGAUCUGGACCAAACUUGGCACACAUACCCGAUAUGCCGCAAUUUGAUUAUUGGAGGGGUUUGGGAGGAAUUGACCUUCCUUUCUGGGAGUUGUAGUUCACCCACAACCAGGGAAACUGUGACCUCCACGGAUGAGGGGCCUGGACCAAGCCUGGCACACAGAACCCCCAAGACUCACUCAACCUCCUGGAGAGGUCUGAGGGGACGGCUCACCAUAGUGGGAGUGGGAGUUCACCCUACGGCCAGAGAGCACACUGAACCCCACGGAGGAUGCAUCUGGUGCACUGGGGGUGAACCUGGCAUGAUGACAGUUGUAGUCAAUCCAUAACCUUAUGCGUCUUGUACAAUCAAUACACUGACUAUUUCAAAUAACCCAACUGAAGGAGAAGAAAGAACAGAUGGAAGAAGAGGAGGAGGAGGAUAAAGAAGAGGAGCAAAAAGAAGAAGGAAGAGGAGGAAAAGGAGAAGGGGAAGAGGAGGAGGAAGAAAUACAAAACACACGAAGCCCCCUCGUGGCUGCCUUGCUCGUCUGGCCCACGCAGCCUCUAGCUCUGAGCGACACCUGUAUCCUUGGCUGCGUGUGCCCAGGCCUGAGUCCCACGGGCACCACGCCGCGAAUGAGAAGGGUUUGCUGCGGUUCUUCCCCCUCCUUCCCUCCCUCCCUCCCUCCUUCCCUGGCCCAGGGGCUCUUCUAGGGGCGCGCCUGCCUGCUCUCUUCCUGCCUACCUGCUUGGCCCUUUUCUCCGAAGCCAGCGGCUCUUUCUGGGGCCAGGGAAAGGGAGGCCCGGGUGGCUUCCUCUCCCGGGGACGCCCGGCUCAAGCGCCGCCUCGCUGCCCGGGGAAAGGAGGGCCGUGGCGGGCGGCGGGCGCCUUCUCUCCUCCCAGCCAGGCUCGCCCGCUCCUCCUCCUCCUCCUCCUCCUCCUCGCUCAGGAAGGCAGAGGCAGCCGGGCUCUGGAGGGAAAGAGGAGGACAAAGAGGGGCGGCUUUGCCGAAGGACAAAGGCACUCCUGGGGCCCCUUCCCUUCCCUUCCAGGCUGGAAAAACAUCUCGUUCUUCUCCUCGUCAGUGGUUUGGCCUUGAGGUGCUCAGGCAAGACAAGGGUCCCCCUUCCACACUGGCCCUGCAGCCCCAACCUUUGGGCUCCUAUCCCUCACUUGCAUAGAGACAGUGUAGAGUACGGUGUGUUCUCAAAGGAUUUGGAAUAACUGGGUGGCUGUGAGUUUUCUGUACGGCCAUGUUCCAGAAGCAUUCUCUCCUUUUGUAUACAAAACUCCUGUGGGAUCCAGGAGUUGUCUGAUCUUUUCUUUGUAUUGUUCCAUUUCCAUGAUUAGUGUAGCAUUCCCCUUGUCUGCAGAGGGAAAUUGUGAUUUCUGGAUCUGAGUUGAGGACUUUGAUGGCUUGUCUUUCUUUCCUUGUUAUUUUUUCCUUUCUAAGGAUCCUGUUUCCUCUCUUUCCACCUCCUCCAAGGUGAACUCGACCACCUAAACUGGGCUCCACAGGCCAAUGGAUACUCCACCACAGACAUCAGAUGAGCUGCAAGGUCAAGAACAAGCCUUGAGAGUAAAGACAAAGAUCCACCCAGAGGAAAAGUGUUCUUACCAUACAUCAAAGGAACCAUUGACCACAUAGGGAAGCUGAUGAAGAAACACAACCUACACACUAUCUACAGACCCACUAAGAAAAUCCAACAAAUGAUACGUUUAGCAAAUGACAAGAGGGAUCCUCCCACCUCUGCAGGAGUCUACUGUAUACCAUGCAGCUGUGGACAAGUCUACAUAGGAACCACCAAAGGCAGCACUGCCCAAACACGAAUCAAGGAAAAUGAAAGGCACUGCAGAAUAACUCAACCAGAGAAGUCAGCCAUAGCAGAGCUCUUGAUGAACCAACCUGGACACAGCAUAUUGUUGGAGAACACAGAAAUGCUGGAUCACUCUAACAAUCACCACGCCAGACUACACAGAGAAGCCACUGAAAUCCACAAGCAUGUGGACAAUUUCAACAGAAAGAAGAAAACCAUGAAAAUGAACAAAAUCUGGCUACUAGUAUUUAAAAAACUCUGAAAUCAGGACAGUAAAUAAAGAACAACACUAAAAAACAGAGGAAUUCCAGGGCCAGCUAACACCUUCCAACAAAGGAUUCCCCCAGGCAGUAAGCAGCCCAACCUUGAAGCUGAAAGGAUACUCAGUGCUAAUCAAGGUGACCAACUGAAACAUUUACACCUGCCUCAACCAUACAAGAGUUCUUUCUCCCACUCUGAACAUUCCACAGAUAUAUAAACCCCACUUGACUAAUUUUCAACAUACCUCAUUACCUCUGAGGAUGCCUGCCAUAGAUGCAUGGGAAACAUCAGGAAAGAAUGCUUCUGGAACAUGGCCAUACAGCCUGGAAAAUUCACAGAAACCUGAUGAUUCAGGCCAUGAAAGUCUUUGACAACACUUGGCAAACACAUUUAACACAUACAACAUACAACCCACAGUGUCAGGACCCAGGCUGCAGAGCACCAAUAACCAUACGCAGAGGCCAGAAUCUAUCUAAUAUCUUUAUUAAAGAAAUAUUUAAAGUCAAUAAAAACAAGUGUAGAAUAUAGUUCAGAAGUAGACCUUUCAGGGAAGGUCAAAUAUAGUCCAGGAAAACAAUGUCCAAUAUAUGAUAUUAAAGUCCAAAGUUAUAAUCCACUUCACCGUAACACACACUAUUUGGCAAGCAAUAGUGUGGGGAACUGUCCAUAGUCUUUGAGGCUCAAGGUAAAUCCGAAGGAAAGGAAAACAAGGCUGGAAUCCGAGAAGCAGGGUCCGUGGUUUAAAACGCAAGGCAAGGCAAGACUUGAGACUUGGCAAGGUCCAACUUGAAACAAGGCAAUCGUGGAACAAGAACUGAGUCCAUAGAAAUCCGUGGAACAAGGCAGGGCUGGGAACUUGAUUCAGGAGCUGGGAACUGGGGUACGAAGUCUACACACGAUCUCACUCCACGAGCUGACGAAUUGACUCCGCAAGGAUUCCUUUGUGGCCAAACACCUAUAUAGGAUCUUGUUUUCCCGCCAAAGCACAUUUUCUCUGGGGAACAAGAAUCGAAACCUAUACUGUGUCCAGAUGCAGGACUCCUUAAACUUUCCCAAGGGAAACAGACUUAAUCAUCUAAUUGUCUGGCAGCAAUCCUGGCGCUCCGGCGAGUCGCCUCGCGAGCGCCUCUUUGUUGAUUAUAAUAAUCUCGGCGAGAAAAUGGGGGAGAUUUCUUCUCAAGGCUUGUUUGGCUGACUUCUGGAGGGCCACAAGUGAUAGUUUCCAAAUGAGUAUAUCAUAAUGCCACCUGAAUCCUAAAAGCUUUCCACCGACCCAUUUCCAUAUAAGAUGAAACAUAGGCAAAGGAUUCUUAACCUUUAUCUCCCCCUUGGAAAUACACUAGUUCUUCCUCUUAUGAGGAUUAGGGGUUAGGAUCACCACAAAAAAACAGAAAUUUAAAAAGCCACUUUUUAUCUAAGAGACUCUAGGAUUCUCUAGGUCCUCCAGUGCAAAUCUAUAAGACUGAAAACGUGUCUUUGUGAAAAAAAACUAUGGAGAACUUGUGCAAUGGACAUAUAUAGAAUGAUGUGAAAUCACUUUUGGAAUAGCCCGAUUUAUGCUUUUGGAUUACUGGUAUGUGAUUAAUUGUGACUGUAUUGUUUUAAAUGUUUUAAUUGUUUUAAUGUAUUUUACAAUUUUCUUUUAAUGUCUAUUUAAACUGUACACUGUUUUUAAGACAUCAAAUACAGUAGUUGCCUAUGUGUGAAGCUGCCUUGAGUCCCCUUUGGGGUUGAGAAAGGCAGAAUAGAAAUGACAUAAAUAAAUACAUAAAUAUUCAGGCACCAGACAUUGGUCCCAGCAUAUUCUAACAGUAGACUUACAUUUAACCAGAACACAAGCAACCAACAACAAAAACAUCAAAUAAAUAAUACUGUACAUAAAAAAACCCCUGUUUGGUACUGUUCCAUUAUCCUGGUGGAGGCCAAAAGAAGGCACUAGACAGAGAAGGAUGGUCCAUCUUAGAGUGGAAGGGAGUUGAAGGAGGAAAACCAUUUCCUCCUGUUUUCCUGUUCUUCCCUCCACUCAUGUUACCAUCUAGAAAAAAACCCCUUGUUUAUAAAAUGGGAAGGCGGGGAGAGAGAGAGAGAGAGAGAGAGAGUGGGAAUAACCAGCCAAAAUGGGGGAAAUUGUUUUCCUCCUUCAGCUCCCCCCUCCCCAUAAAAUGGACUAGCCUUCUCUGCCUAGCACUCCCUAGUGGCCUCCAUCUGGAUCAUGGAACAGCACCAGCUGUUUUUAAUACAGUAAAACAGUAAAACCAUGUUACAUUAAGUAAACUUUGUUUUUGUUUGCCACAUGGUUUUAGUUACGUACUAUAUUUCGGUCUUAAUGUCAAGUCAAUACAGAGUGUAUGGUGUGUUAUAGAAUGGGAUAUAGUAUUCGGCCUAUUUUUAAUACAGUAGAGUCUCACUUAUCCAAGCUAAACGGGCCGGCAGAAGCUUGGAUAAGCGAAUAUCUUGGAUAACAAGGAAGGAUUAAGGAAAAGUCUAUUAAACAUCAAAUUAGGUUAUGAUUUUACAAAUUAAGCACCAAAACAUCAUGUUUUACAACAAAUUUGACAGAAAAGGCAGUUCAAUACGCAGUAAUGUUAUGUUGUAAUUACUGUAUUUACGAAUUUAGCACCAAAAUAUCACGAUACAUUGAAAACAUUGUCUACAACAAAUGGCUUGGAUAAUCCAGAAACUUGGAUAAGCAAGGCUUGGAUUAGUGAGACUCUAUUGCAGUUCCUCUCAACCAAGCAGAAAUUACAUUUUUCUGCCAUCUACCAACCCCAUGGGUACCGGUUAAUUGAGAGUCUAUUGUAUUCAUCCAUAUCCACUCUAAACCAGCCAGUCUUCUUUGACUCAAUAUUCUGUCUGCCACAGCCCUUGAGAUGGUUCCCUCCCAAAACCAAGCUUCAUCUUGCUACUCACAGAGACAAGUUUCUAGUUUUUUAAAACAUGUUUUCCCUUCAGCCCCUCACUCAUCAGACCCUGAGCUUGGUUGCCUUCAGCCCGACUUGCCCUGCUCCUCUUUCACAGCCCUGCUUUCCUCAGGGAUGGUUUGGGGCCAGCAUCUCCCUCCCUUGACUCUCCAUAAAAAGACUUCUCUGUGGCUGGAAGCCAUGGAUUUGCUUUCCUUCUGCCUAAAAAGACCUCCAAAGUGGUACCACUGUCACCUGGCCAAACUGAGCUAAGACCUGCUUUCUUUGAGCACUCUUUUGAACUGCUGCUGGAUGGUAACAGUCUUCCUUAAAGCUAUGGAGCAAAAAAUAAAAUUACAAUAAAAUUAAAAAAAUAAAAACAUCUCCUAUAUUGUAGUUACAUUUAUCUUUAAACUGAAGUGUCAGUGCAUAGUUGCUAUAUAUGGGGAAAAUAACUUGAUGGGGUAACUUGAUGAGGACUGAGGUUACAGGAGUAUUUGUGAUGCAGCAAAAACACAGUUUAUAACAGACUUUUAAAAUGAGCCUCAUAUCAUAGAUGUCCCUAUUCCCCCUAGACUGUGCACUCCAGUCUCAAAUUUGGCCAUGAGAUAAAAUAUCAUUAACCCCAGAAUAUUCCUCUGUAUGGGGUUUUUUAAACAUAUGUGUUUGUCUCAGAUUUUAUUUCCCUGUGCAUUUGAGCUUCCUGUGUCUACACUGCCAAUUAAGGUGCUGUAGUCACUUCCUUGGCAAAAAUGGUGAUAACUGCCUGUUGGCUGGGCUGUUUAUUUUUGUUUUUAUUUGCUUUAUUUUCAUUCCACCUUUCUCCAGAUAUAGGAAUGCUCAACAGGCCAGGUGGGAGAAUUGCUUCAUUACUUGUCAUCGAGUGUUAUUAUAUCUCAAAGAGAAGUAACAGUGCUUACCUCCUUUAAAGAUUACUAGCUUGGGGACCCGGCGGUGCCCGGGUUAUUAGUAGAGGGCAAUGAGUUGUUUUGAAUAUUAUGAAUGGGCGGAUCUGUGGCCGAUGGGGUUUGCAGUGGGAGGCGAUUUGGAUGAAGGUAGUGCAAAUCCCAUAAUCCUUGGUCCAUCCUCCCCCAAACUGCUGCAGGGUGUAAAGUGUCAUUUGGGAUAUGUGUGCCAAGUUUGGUUCGAUUAUGUCAUUUGGGGCAGGGGCAGUGGUUUCAGUAAGUGAGUGAAGGUACUGUAAAUCCCAUCAUCCAUGGUCCGGUGUCCCUUAAAUCGCAGCAGGAGAUAAAGUGGGUGAUGAGGGAUAUGUGUGCCAAGUUUGGUCUUGAUCAGUCAUUGGAGUGGGUUGCAGUGGUCUGAGGAAGUGUGUGAAGGUACUGUAAAUCCCAUCUUCCCUAGUUCGUUGUUCCCUCACACCGCAGGAGGACAUAAAGUGGGCUAGAUUGUACCUUUGUGUCCAAUUUGGUACAGUUUCAUCAUUCAUGGGCAUCAAAGUGGUCUAUGGGAGGUUAAUUGGAUGAAGGUAUUGCAAAUCCCAUCAUCCUUGGUGCGGUCUUCCGCAAACUGCACCAGGACGUGAAGUGGGUCACAUUGCACCCAUGUUUCAUGUUUGGUACAGUUUCGUCAUUCAUGCGUAUCACAGUGGUUGUGGAAGGUGAAUUGGGUGAAGGUAUUGUAAAUCCCAUCAUCCUUGGUGCGAUCUUCCACAAACUGCACCAGGACGUGAAGUGUGCCACAUUGCACCCAUGUGUCAUGUUUGGUACAGUUUCAUCAUUCAUGCGUAUCACAGUGGUCUGUGGGAGGUGAAUCGGGUAAAGGUACUGCAAAUCCCAUAAUCCUUUGUCCAUCCUCUACCAAAAUGCUGCAGUGGGUAAAGUAUAUUAUUUGGGAUAUGUGUACCAAGUUUGGUUCAGUUCUGUCAUUCGUGGCAGUUGCAGUGGUCUGAAGAAGUGAGUGAAGGGACUGUAAGUCCCAUCAUUCUUGGUCUGUCCUCCCCCAAAGUACCCCAGGACGUAAAGGGGGUCACGAGAGUUCUGCCUACCAAGUUUUGUCCAGUUACAUCACUGGUGGGCAUCGCAGUGGUUUGUGGGAGGUGAAGCAUUAGAAAGUACUGCAAAUCCCAUCAUCCAUGGCCCAUCAUCCCCAAACGGUACCAGGCCAUAGAAUGGGUCAUAGGGGUUAUGUGUGGCAAGUUUGGGCCAGGUCCGUUAUUCCUGGCGGUCACAGUUGUCUGUGAAAGUGGAAGCCAAUCAGAACGCUGCCACAUACUCCUCCGCAUACAAACAUUCACCGCAUACAAACAUUGGGGACCCGGAAUCAUGAGAGGUGUGGUUUGGUGAGGCACCAGCACUAUUUGACUAUUCCCAUAGCACAAAAAUAUGUCUGUUAAAGUGGUCUCAAACAGUUUUAAUUCUACAAUAUAGAUGCACUCAAAGUUCCAGUGUUAUUAUUUCAAGACUUUUUUCACCAGACUUCUUGCUCUUAAAAAAACAAAAACAAAGCAUUUAUAUGUUUGGUACCUCACAGCUGAUACACUGUUGGCUUAAUAUAGAAACGUGGAGGAUUUGUUAAGUUUCAGUUCUCUAAAACAGUUUAAGCACAUUUAUAAUUAAAUGCAGUCAGUGGCAUUACUCUGUUCAAGCUUCUUCUUGUUCUUCUUGUGGUACAGCUGUUGACCACUCCUGAGAACUCAUUACCUCCAUUUCUCUGAAAACUAGGGUAAUAUAUUUUGUUAAUCAGCUGCUCAGUGUGAAGUGAAUGAAAAAUAGCCACUCUUGCAGAAAAACACUUCAGCGGCAUUAUUAUUUUUUUAGGUUCCCAUAUUCAAAUAAUAAGAUGCCAACAAGAUAAGGGGAAAUAAUAUUAUAUAAUUAAUGCAAGUUAAACAUUGGCUUUUUCUAUUACAACUAUCCUGUUGAGAUUUAAUUAUAAGUCCCCACAAAAUCCUUUUUAUUUGUAUCAACAGAAAUGAAUUUUAAUUAAAGUUUGUACAGUAGUUGAACCUGAGCUGCCUUAGCACAAUUACUUAGUGAUUUGAUAAAUAUAUGCAAUUACAGCAUUCUAUUGAUAUUAGGAUUCUUAAAUUGUUUGCAUGCACUUUUGUUAUGAAGUUUUGUUUGAAAUGAUUGCCUACAACAAAAGCCAGUCUGUGGUUAAACACAGCCUAGCAGACAAAAGCCGCCCUGAGUCCCUUCGGGUGAGAAGGGCAGGAUAGAAAUGAUGUAAACAAAAACAAAAAAAAAUAGCAGUAUUUGCUGAGCUGAUAUUAGGUGGAGGCCAAACUCACCAGAUUUCUGAUUCUUUUAUAGGGUGAGCUUCCCAAAACCUUCCCUUAAAGACCUAAUUACUUAAGCACCUGUGUUAUUGAGAAAUUAGGCCCUCAAAUCAUGAAUUAUAUGGAAUUACAUAAAAUAAUAAACUGUGGUUACAAUUGUAGAAUCGUAGAAUCACAGAAUACAGUUGGAAGAUACUACAUGGGCCAUUUAGUCCAACCCCCUGACAUGCAGGAAAAGCACAAUCGAAGUACCCCUAACACAUUGCCAUCCAUGAGACCCAGCAGGCUGUUCCUUUGUCUCACUUCAAUCUUUAUCAUAAAUUCACCUUUGGAAUGCCGGCCAGCUGCACCUAAGAUUUUGUAGAAUUCCUUCACAAUAAACAUGGAGAUUGGGGGAAGCCUCUGAAUGGAGGUACAUCAGAGUGCUUCCCAAGCCCAUUGAUACAUUUCUCAGCUUCAUUGCAGAAUUUCUCCCUAUUAUUCUUAAGAACUCCUGUCCCAUUGAUGAAUUUCCUACUCUCAUUCACGAAUUGUUGGGCUGCAUUGAUAAAAUCAGAGUUAUCUCUGCUUGGGAAUCAGUGCCCAGGCUCCGGGCUGUUUCCCUAUUUACUAGACCAGUGAUUCCCAAAGUGGGCGUUACCGCCCCCUGGUAGGUGCUGCAGCAAUCCAGGGGAGCAGUGAUGGCCACAGGUGCAUUUGGGGGCAAUGAAUAAUUGUAAGGGGGCAGUGAAAGCAUAAAAGAAAGAAGAUUUAGAAAAAUUGAUUUAUGUAUUCCACUCAUAAUGCUUAAUUUUUCUUUGAACAACGUACUGGAUGUUGGCUCGGUCCCACAUAUUCCCUCACUUGCAUUGAGAUAUGUGCAAUCGCACACUGCUACUGUUCACGCGGUGCCACUGAAUUGCUGUUCCAAAACACGUGAGCACUACGAGCAUUGCUGCAGGCAACUGCCACUCAUGGGAUUGGUCGAUCGCAAGGCCAAAGCCUGGAAUGGCAGGGACAGUACUGGCUACUGGCAGUACUACCAGCAGAUUUUGGAGCACACUAUGAAUCAGGAGAUUUCCCAUAAUUAUUAUGGGAAAAUUACGGCGUAAUAUAACUUUAAGUUAGAUCAUUGUGAUAUUGUGACAAGUUAAAGUUAACUAACAAAUAGUGUGACUAUAAUUGGUGAGUAUGUUAUUUAUUUUGUAAUAAUUACAUGCGCUUUACAAUUAAUAAUAUCAUGUUUAUUUAUUUCAUUAGUAUUUAUUUUAGUUUGUUUUUUACAAAAAUAUUUCAAAAAUUACAAAAAAAAAUAAUUAAAAAUACCUCCAUAAAAUUUUUAAUUUUUCUACAGAUAAUAACGGUUCAACCAAAGAAAAAAUGUAGACAAUAUAAUAUCGAAUAUUUGAAAUAUGGCUUUGUUGAGUCGCCUGUAAACAAUACAUUACCAAUGUGGCUGAUUUGCCAGAAAGUUUUAUCAAACGAAGCUAUGAAGCCUUUCAAACUACAAGAACAUUUGACUAAAAUUCAUGGUGAUAAAAAAGAUAGGGAUUUAUCUUAUUUUCGAACACUAAAAGAAAAAAUUAUCAAACGACUGACAAUGGCAACCGCAACCACACAAGAUGGCGAUGGCUUGCUUGCUUCUUACAAGAUUUCGUUAAUGAUUGCCAAAUCGGGAAAACGCCAUACUAUUGGUGAAGAACUAAUUAUAUCGGCGAUAGUGAAGUAAUACGUACUGUGCUACACAAGCCAGCAUCUGAUAUUAUCAAGAAAAUUUCAUUGAGCAAUAAUACAGUGCAAAGAAGAACUGAUGAAAUGGCUCAAGAUGUUGAAGAUUCAUUGUGUGGCUAUUUAAAAACAUCUCAGUUUUCUAUUCAACUUGAUGAGUCAACUUUGUUAGGAAAUGAAGCUUUACUUUUAGCAUUUGUGCGGUUCACAAAGGAAGAACAAAUUCGUCAAGAAUUAAUAUUUGCUAAAUAUUUGCAAACUUUUACUAAAGGAGAAUCAAUAUUUCAUGCAUUGGAUGAGUUUUUUUUUAAAAGAAAAAGAAAUACUUCUGAGUAAUAUCUUAUCAGUAGCCACAGAUGGUGCUCCAGCGAUAGUAGGGUGCUACAGGGGUUUUCUUGCAUAUUUAAAAAAGGAGGUGUUGAAUGCAUUCAUAGUACACUGUAUAUGUACUAGCAACAUCUAGUUGCCAAAAAUUUAAGUGCACACCUACAUAAUUCAUUACUAUAUGAAAUUAAAGCUAUCAACACAAUCAGAAGCAAAUCAUUGAAUGACAGAUUAUUUAAACAGCUUUGUAUUGAAAACGAUGAAGAAUUUAAUCAUUUGCUGCUUUAUACAGAAUUCUGUUGGUUGUGAAAGGGUGCCUGUUUAGAUAGGUUUUAUAAUUUUUUAAACUCAGUUCUUGAAAGGUAAAAAUGCUUUACGAUCCAAUUUAAUUCAAUCCAAAAGUGACACCGCUUACUUGACCAACUUGCUUCAAAAAUUUAAUGAAAGCAAUCUUCAGCUUCAAGGUGAUAAACUGAAUUUAAUAAAAACAAAAUCUUUUAUUUCUGCAUUUGUGACAAAACUUCUUAUGUACAAAUGAAAUUUUGGAAUAGGGGAAUUCAGCCAGUUCCCAAAUUUAUCAGGAGCAGAAAAAAAAAAAAAGAUGAAGACAUACUUUCUUAUUGUGAGCACUUGGAUGCUCUCCAUUCAGAUUUUAAUCAAUGAUUUCAUGAUAUUUUGAAAAUGAACAUACCUGAUUGGAUUUUGAAUCCUUUUUCAAGUGCAAACACGGAAGAAUCGCCACAGUUACAAGAAGAACUGAUGGAAGUAACUGAUGAAUUGAAAUUUAAAUUCAAAAGCAGCUACCAACAAUUCUGUCUGCAAAAGGAGAUCCCUAAGGCUUAUCCAGAAAUAUGGGCUGUAAUUCAAAAGUUCUUAAUUGUAUUUCCUUCAGCAUAUUUAGUGGAACGUGGAUUCAGUUAACCAAAAAAAAAAAAAAGAGAAACCAAUUGCAAAUAGUCAAUCCCGGUUAUUUAAGAUUACUGCUGACGAAAAUAGAGCCAAGGAUUACUAAAUUAGUAGCAGCAUACCAGGUUCAUCCUUCUCAUUAAGAUGAUUUUGAAUGUUUUAAUUUUUUUAUAUUACCUUUCUAUUCUGAGUUCAAAAAAUAGUUUCAUAAUUUCAAAUUUUAAUGUUUCUAAUUUACACCUUUAUUUACUAUAUUUUACAAAAAAGGUAGAAACAUUAACACAUAUAUCUGUUUAAUUGCUAUUAAUUUUUUUUUAAAAAAAUUAAUUUUCACGGGGUGCUGAGUAAUAUUUUUUCUGGAAAGGGGGCGGUAGACCAAAAAAGUUUGGUAACCACUGGACUAGACUAUUACUCCUGUUUAUUGUGUACCCAGCACCCAUCUAUUGAUUUUACCCGGGCUGCAUCAAUAAGUUAACCCUACACUGUUUUACAUAUUGAUACACCACAUUCCUUUUCUAUCGUACUCCUCUUUGGGUACGACCAAUAAAAGGACUGACACUUCAAAUCAACAAAUAACAGUUUAUUUGAUUUCCCGCCACCACCAGGAGCCAAUCAUGGGAGUGCUCCAUGGAGUCCUCAGCCAACAAGAGUACAGAUUCAACCAAUCAGACUGGCGCGGGCUUUCUGAACAGCUGUCAAAAUGAAAAAAAAAUGCUCUGUAUGUUACAUUGCAUUAUUUUAGUACUUUUGAGUACUUACUCUACUGCCAUCCACUUUGCAUAUUGGGAAAAAAGACAUGUUUUUGCCUUCAAAUCCCUGUUUUAAUCUGGACUUCAAUUAGUGAAGUGUGCCAGGCUUAUAAACCCGCAAUUUAGCAGAGCUGAAAUCACAUAAUACCUGGCUCAAAAUCUCCCCUUUAAUUCAGUUGAUGUAGCAUGGAGUUCACUCAUGUUUGCACUACUUCGACUUUUUGUAAUCAUGGUUUGCCUAAUGUAGACAUUUAUUUAUUUUUAGGGCAUUGAAUUGAGUUGUGUACCUCCUAUUGGAUAAUGUGUUGUUGAAGGCUUUCAUGGCUGGGAUCACAGGGUUGUUGUAUGUUUUCCGGGCUGUAUGGCCAUGUUCCAGAAGUUACUUCUGGAACAUGGCCAUACAACCCGGAAAACAUACAACAAUCCUAUUGGGCAGUUAAAAAAGAACUGGUUUUGAUUCAUGAUCGCUAUCAUGCCUCAACUUCAUUAUUGUUAGGGUUACAAGCCUGCCUAUUCAGCCCGCCCUCCCCAAGAAUCUUCUUACAGGCAAACCCGAGUUAAUCAAGUUUCUGACAAGGAAGCUCUUCACAUUCUUGUUACAACUACUAAAUCUUUUCCUCCUCAUCUUCCAUCUCUCUCUCUCUGUGUUAGAACUGGGAAGAUGAUGGAGGAUGAUGAAAUGCACACUUUAGGUACUUGGUUGCUGCAGCAUAUUGGUAGUAAACAAUGUAAUGAAAGCUUGAGCUGGGAAACAAUAAGAUCUUAUUCUAUUAUAUGCCUGACUACAACAGGCAAGAUAAACAGCAGCCACCUCCAGAAUCACUUGUUGAGCAUGGCUGAACAGAAAAAUAGAAAAGAUAGUGUCCCAAAGAAAUGUGUUAGCAUGUAUGUUGUCUCCCAGUGCUUCAAGUUGAGGAGACUUCAACUUCCAGACAACUUCCUCUAUUUUAGAAAAGGAGAUUAUUAUACCCAAAGAAUCCCUAAACCAUCCUGGCCACCUAGCUUCAGAAUGUACACAGAGACCCAGAAAUAGGCUGGUUACUACUGUGGCUUGUAGAUCACUGCAACUCCACACACAUAUACAUACACUGGUUUCACUCGGAGCUGCUCACUGAACCUAGUAGAACCUUAGUAGACAAAAUUGACAGAGAUUAACCCCCCUCCUUACCUCAUCCAGAAGGGUCUUUGUGAUAUAUAUCAGGUCAGUUCAUGCCUGCAAGAUCAAGUGCCAAAAUGGCAGCUGUUUUCCAUUGAUUGACCUGACAUUUAGAAGCAGCAUUUUCAAUUCUGGAGGCUGUUGUGAAAGCUAUCCAGGUUGAAUUGGAAGACAGUUCUGGAGCAAGAAGCAACUUAACUUGCAAUUUUAUUAAGCUAUUUUCAGUACAGACUAAAUAGGAAGAACAAUACCAUCACCUCAAUACCAAAAUCAUACUAUAUAUAAAAACAAAGAUAAGAAUCCCAUUGAAUCAUAAUCCUAAAACCAUUCACUACAAAUUUAUGAAAAUAUUUAUAUCCUACUAUAUAUGAUAGUUUUUGGGUAGUAUAUAAAUAAAAUAAUUGAAGCAAUUUAAAACAAUUUAAACUAAAAUAUAAUAUCAGUUGAACAGAUGGAAAGUAUACCAAACAAUUUAAAGACAAAAAAGUUUAAAAUAAUGUAAAGCACAAUUUAAAGCCACGCACAUGUCUAUAUCGGAAUAAACCAAUCUCCAAAUCUUUCAUAACCAUGAUCUUCUUACAUGGUAUUAGAACAAAGACAGUGUCAGUACUAAAUGGGUCUCUGAUGUACAGUAUGUGUGUCAUAGCUGAGGUCUCAAUGGUGUACAAAGGAGAAAAUACCAGUAAACCUAUGGUCUCGGGCAGGUGCACAAAGGGAGAAAUGCUUCAAGCACUGAAGUUCCAGGCCAUGUUUUGAAUAUCAUAAUGAGCAUCCUGAAUUCAGAAAUGAAUUGUACCGAUAGUUAGUGAAAUUCCUUCAAGACCACCAUUGCGUGUCCUUAUAGAGUUGUCCAGUCAGCAACCUAGCUUUUCAAUUUUGAAGUAUCAGAAGCUUCUGUUUCACCUUCAAGGGCAUCCCAAUAUACAGUACAUUACAGUAGCCGAAUUCAGAGGUUACUCUCAGACUGGCUGGAAUAUACAAGACAAAGAAAGGCUAUAGCUGGUAGACUAGUAAAAGUUAAUCCCAAUCUAAGAUAUGUGCACCACCUGGACAGAAGAGGAUAUAACACCCUCAAGUUGUGUAGGUGCUCCAUCAUGGGAAAUAUAACUCCAUCAAAGACAGAAAUCUCUACUGCAUCCAAUAGGAAUCACUUCAUGUAGCUCAAUGCUGUUAUGCAUGUAUUUAAAGUUUGCAGUACUAUGUUAGUUUUGUGAACUCUUUUAGAUGAUUAUUCAGAGUGUCCAGUAUAAUUCGAAGCCCCGGUGGCAAAGUGUGUUAAAGCACUGAGCUGCUGAACUUGCAGACCGAAAGGUCCCAGGUUCAAACCCCGGGAGCGGAAUGAGCACCCGCUGUUAGCUCCAACUCCUGCCAACCUAGCAGUUUGAAAACAUGCCAAUGUGAGUAGAUCAAUAGGUACCGUUCUGGCAGGAAGGUAACGGUGCUCCAUGCAGUCAUGUCGGCCACAUAACCUUGGAAGUGUCUACGGACAACGCCGGCUCUUCGGCUUAGAAAUGGAGAUGAGCACCAACCCCCAGAGUCAGACAUGACUGGACUUAACGUCAGGAGAAACCUUUACCUUUUUUACCAGUAUAAUUCAUACUGCACAAAGCUAUUUAUUGUCACUUUUCAACAUCAACCUAGCAGUUUGAAUAAUGACUAUGGGAAAACCAAGCAAUAUGGACACCAUGACUCGGCAUUUUGUAUGUUUUUAAUCUGUUUUAUCACAUUUAUAUGUUUUAACUGUUUCAUAAUUAAAUAUGCUGUGUUUAUUGUUGUGUGUAUGAUGCAGCAUCAAAUUUUUGCUGUAGUUUGUAAGCUGCUCUGAGUUCCUUUAGGAGUGAGAAGGAGGAGGUAUAAAUAUAGUAAAUAAAAUAAAUAAGCUAGAUAUGCGCAACAUACAAUAUGUACCGCAAACAUACCAAGAAUAUAAGGAGGAUAGGAGUAGAGUAUGGUUGAGAAGGAUCUAAUUAAUUUUGAGAUUUUAAUUUUGCAUUAAUUUCAAGCAUGAAAAAAAGUAUCCUAAUACCAGAUUACCAGAAUUUUAUUUAUUUACAUCAGACUGUGGAUUUAUAAAGCACUUUCACAAACAGAGCAGGCUUCAUUAUUUCAUUCAUAGCUUCCAUUGCAAACAUAAUUAAAAAAACAAGGUCUAACACAUUUUAAAUCACAUUUAUUCCUAGUAGUGCAACCCCAAACAGUAUUGUUGGUUUGUACCUUCACUUAGUCCACUUAAGAAUGUUAAAUUUGCGGGUGGGGAAUUACACAUCUUCACAAAAAGUUAACAUGGUUUCCACUACUGAUUCUGUUAUGUAGAAAAACUGGAAUUAAUUACAAUUUUAUAAAAUUGGAACUGUAGCUAUAAUCUUAUAAAAAUAAUGUGAUAUCCUAUAUAUUCCCAGAAACUGUUAUUGAAACUGCCCAUCCCAGAAUUCCUUACAACACAGUAGCAAACACAUGUGAAGACAGCUCACAAACAAGUGGUUUAUAAGUUAAUUUUAGAUUUGUUUUUUAGCAUUUGUCUGGGGAAAGAAGAAAUUAUUUGGCACCACCUCCAUUUCCAAGACCCACAGUACAGUGUACUCCCAGUCCAAAUGCU